ACCCUACACAACUCUAGUUGUCAAUUUAUUCUUUUGGUAAUAAUUAUUUUCACCUGCACUCGCUAUCCGAGUUCUUGAGUGUAACUCACUGCAAAGGUGUCCCCACUGUAAUAAGAGCUGUAACAGCGUCCGCCGCAUGCUGAGUAAUAAACAAAAAACACCGCAACAAAUAAGACAAGAUGAAUCCCUGCGCUGUGCCCACAGCCGUGCCCGAUGUUGACGGAGACAAGCGCUGGCAGAGUAUACAUCGCCGGUUUAUAUCCGAUUGCCGCGAAAAGGAUCCCGAUGUGAUAUUUCUGGGUGAUUGCAUAUUCGAAACGCUGCAGGACACCGAAACCUGGAAUCAAUACUUUGCACCACUGCACUGCCUCAACUUUAGCAUACGCGAAGAUCGCACCGAGCACGUACUCUGGCGCAUCGAGAACGGCGCCCUCGACAAUGUCAAUCCCAAAAUAGUUGUUCUACACGUCGGCACCAACAACGUGGGCAACAGUGCCGCCGAAGUUGCCGAGGGUCUGCUCGCUAAUGUCGCCAAGAUACGCCAAAAACUGCCGGGUGCCUAUAUUUUGAUACCGUCGCUGUUACCACGAGGACAGCACCCGAAUUCGCUGCGUGACAAAAAUAAAGAGAUUAAUGAAUUGGUUAAGGAGCAGACAAAGGGAUUGGAUCGGGUGCAAACCGUUGCCAUCGACAAGGGUGUAGUGCAAGGAGAUGGCAGCAUCAGUCACCAUGAUAUGUUCGACUAUAAAAAUCUAACCAAUACCGGCGCCCAUAAAAUACUCGAACCUUUGCAUGAUUUGCUAUCGCAAAUACUCAAUGAAAAUGAACUAGAACGCGAUCUCACUCCAUCUGAAUAGUUCUCUCAAUCAUGGUGGGAGCAUAAUGAGAUAAAGUCAUGAGAGAGUAUUCACUCUCAUUAGCUUUACCAUAUGCUCUCAGCUAACUCAAUAAAAAAACAAAAUCAAAUAUUAAAAAAAAUAAUAAUUUCAAAACAGAUGAAAUAAUACCAACAAAAAUCCAAAUCCACUCCAGCUGCUUGAUAUUUAGCAAUGAAAGUAUUUACUCGUGCAUUAAUCGGAAUUGAUUUUGUUUUCGUACACAAAACGAAAGUUUCCUUAACCACAUCAUCAUUAUGAUAUUUAAUUUUAUUUUCCUCCCUUCUCCCCUCACACAGUCCGUUAGAUUUAAGAAAUACCUAAUAACAACAGGAUAUACAAACACACGAGAAUUUUGUAUUUUGCAUUUAUACUAAAAUAUAAUUAUGAUUAACAUACAUUUAACUUAAUAUGCAUAGUAGUUUCAUGGCCGCCAGAUGAAAAAUGAAACUUACAUUCCCUGGAAUUUUUCAAAAUAUUUCAUAUGUAGUCUUUUAAAUAUACACAUUCUUAUAUAAAAUGUAAUAUUUUUUUGAAAACAAAACUCAUGAAAAUUCACGUAUUUAAGCUUGCAAGUGUCGGCAAUAGGACACACAAUCCCACUAAUAGUGUAAAUUGGAUGUGCGCCAGUAGAAACUUCCGGCGUAUGGUGAUGAAAAUGUGAAAUAUGUGAGAUUUACAUCUGUGGCAGCUAAAUAGGAAUACAGUUGCUGCUUGUAAUCUUGAAUAAAUGAAAUGUCUUAAGUA